CACCAGAGGGCCCUAAUAAAAAGUAAAAACAAACAGCACAGACUAAUCAAUCGAUCCGUCCUUCUUCCUCCUCUCUCCUCACCUGCAACCUAUCAACCGCCCUCCCAUCCCCUUCCCUUCCCCUCCAAGCAAGCUCCCCAUCGCGACCAAAACCCUAACCCUGCGAUGUCCGGCUCCGGCGGGCCCUCAGGCCGCGGCUCCGCAGGCGGCACUCGGAGCUUCGACUUCGGCACGGACGACGUGCUCUGCUCCUACGACGACUUCGCCGCCCCCUCCGAGCCCAAGCGACCCGAUCCAGUCGACAAGGAUUUUCAUGAGAGCAGAUUUGGGAGACCAUCUGUUAAAGUUUAUGAACAAGAGAGUUAUGCCAAAGAGGAUGUACUUUCUGCUGUUGAGAAAUGCAUGAAGAAAUAUGCUGAUAAUUUGCUAAGGUCUCUUGAAGGAAUCACCAGCAGGCUUUCACAACUGGAGAUUUAUUGCUAUAAGCUUGAGAGGUCCAUAGGCGAGCUUCGAGCUGAUGUGCUUCGUGAUGAAACUGAUCUAAGAUUAAAAUCUCUUGAGAAACAUCUACAUGAAGUGCACAGGUCUAUUCAAAUCCUUCGAGACAAGCAAGAGUUAGCGGAUACUCAGAAGGAGCUAGCCAAGUUUCAACUUACACACGAUGAAUCUAAAAAGAAAGAAGAUGUGCUGACGCCUUCUUUCCCUGAGCCAAAGAAGCCUGAAGAAAAGCGAGAUGCAGCAAGUCAGCAGCUGGCACUUGCUUUACCUCAUCAGGUGAACUCAUCGGCACUUGUACCUAGAGCUUCUGGACCAGUCCAACAGUACAAUGAUCAACCUGUGCAGCAGACAGCCCCUAGCUCUCUUGUACCGCAGCAGGACCGUUAUGCUGUUAGCCAAGCCAUUGUAUACUACCCACAACACCAAGCUCCAGGCAACCAGGACACACAGGGUCAGCAAGUACAACAAGAGGUGCAAUACCUGCCAUUAAGGCCUCAAGCUCAAGAUGUCCAUGCUUCAUCCCAGCCUCAGUCAGCAAAUCAAUCCCAGCCCCAGUCUUACACUCCUUACCAGCAGCAGUGGCAGCAGCAGCAGCAACCCUCUCGUUCAUCUCCUGCACCAGUGGCUCAGCAACAGCAGCCUUUCUCCCAGCCAUUUCCUCCACCUGUGCAGCAGCCCCAACUAUCUAAUGCUCACCAGUUUCCAACACAACCAGCGCAGCAGUCCCAGCUGCCUAAUGUUCAGCAGUUUCCAGCACAACCAGCGCAGCAGUCCCAGUUGUCUAAUGCUCAACAGUUCCCUCCACCACAGCUGCAACCACAGCAAUCCAACCCUCAUCUUCCUCAGACAGCACAACCACAACAUCCUCAUGUGCAAACUCAGAUGAGACCCUCCACUCCCCCACCAAACUACUCUGGUGGCUAUCCACCCCACCAGCCAUUGAACCCAUCCCCUGAAACUCUGCCUGGCAGCGCGGCUAUGCAAGGACCAUACAACACCGUUGCUCCAUCAGGUGGGAGUCAUUCGGAAGUGCAAUAUUCAUACGGUGGAGCUGGCAUCCCACCGUCUCAGCCACCACCGCAGCACAGCAUGCAAAGGCAGCAGCUUCCUCCUCCAGGCCAGGGUUCUUUUGGGCCGCCUCCAAGUAAGGGGGCCUAUCCUCCGCAGUAUGCACCACAGGGGCAUCCGCAGGGGGGUUACAACACAUCGUAUGGCGGCUACCCGCCCAAUGGUCCUUCUGCAGCCCAGGCACCACAGAUGCCUCCAGGUGGUGCUGGUGUGAGCCAUCCAGGGUCAUCGCAUCAUCACAUGAUGCGUGGCCAUCCAUAUGGAGAUAUGAUUGAGAAGGCAAACACCAUGGGAUAUCCAAGGGACCAGGUGCUGAAUGUGAUCCAGAGGAUGACCGAGAGCGGGCAGCAGAUAGAUUUCAAUGCGUUGCUCGACAGGCUGAACGAAUCAGGGUCCGGAGCACCCCCUCGUCCGUGGUGAUUUCGUCCAGGCCCUGUUUCGCUGGAAGCCGUGUGUGCCACAGGGUGGUGUCGUGAUAUCUGUCUAAAUCAAUCUAAAUAAAUAAGAUUUGAUAUGAUGCCGUCUGUUGAUUUGUCCGUACAAUGUACAUACAAACAUUGAGCUUGAAUUUCAUGUACCCCCCUGACUCGUGCACGUGCACAACUGGAUUACGGAGAUCUGUUCUGAAGCAAAUUAUUUCCAGUUAUCUUGUCA